CUAACACAUCUUCGCUCCCAUUCUCCUCACAGAACCAUCCAAUAUCCCUUCUUCCCGCCAUCUCCACCGUCAAAGCCAUGAAAGUCCAAGUCAGGCUCACUUCCGUCUUUCCAUCAAAUUCUCCAAUUCUCCUCUCAACACUCCCAUCUCUCCUCUCGCCCAACCCAAUCAGAUUCUUUUCCAGAUCUCCUUCCAUUUCAAGGAGACUCCUUUUGAAAUGCAGCUCAAAAGAGGGAGGAAGCGAUAGCGUAAGAGAUCUUCUGUCGGGCAUGGUCGACGAGAGAGUAGAGGAGCUGCUGAGCAGAGAGGAGAACAAGGUUCUGUUAGAUGGAUUGGAGAAAGCCUCUCAGAGAGUGGAGAUUGCAAGGAGCGAGCUGGAAUCCAUCAAAAGACAGGAAAUCGAAGCUACCAAGAUGAAGGAUUACGUCCGCAAGCUUGAAAGCAGGACGUCCGAGAUUGCAGAAUGCCAAAGGGAAUUAUUAGAAGCGAGAGCAAUGGUUGAAGAAGCUGAACUCUCUCUCUCAGGCAGCUCUGGAGAUGAUUUGAAGGAGAAUGAAACUGAAGACUUAGACAAGGACAUGGAGAGGUUGGAGUCCGUAAAAGCAGCAUCAGUUUCUGCCCUAGUGGGAACACUUGCAGGGCUCCCCAUUUCCUUCUCUCAAGCAACCAGUAGCACCCAGCUAAUACUCCACUUAGCAGUCAUCUUCAUUAGCUGUGCUCUGUUUGGAGUUACUUUCCGUUAUACCAUAAGAAGAGACUUGGACAAUAUUCAGCUUAAAACUGGGACAUCUGCAGCUUUUGCUUUCACUAAAGGCCUUGCUGAAUUGGAGGCAGGACAGCCCUUAGAAUUCACCAGCGGGAGCAUCCUAUCACAUGCUGUUGAUGGAGCACUGGAUGUAUCCGAGAAUCUUUUUAUCUUUAUUUUUGCUUCUAUUAGCCUUGACUAUUGCUUUAAGAUGAGGCUGUUGAGUCCUUUCCCUAUCAGAAAAUUGGUAUCACAGUCCAAUUUGAGGGAUGGCGGCAGCAGGGUGGGGAAUGAAAUGAUCCGAGUGGAGGUUGAUGUAGAUGUUUGUGGCACAAAUCUGGCGAGAAUUGAGAAAUUGGGUGAUUUUGUAACAGAUGGAGGCAAUGGAGUUGAACAAAGGGAGCUUUUUGAAGAAGUCUUUGAGAAGCUUGCGGAGCGCGUUUGAUUGACAUGUGAGGUUCACCAUCCAAUGGUGAUGGAGCUCCAAUUCACGUAGUGCUACAGAGUUAGUGUUGUCAGUAUCAGCGAUGAUUCCAGCACACCGGAAAACGUCACCACCUGAAAUUUCUUCUAUUGUCGACCACAACACUUCUUUGAUAUAAUCUGAAGGAGCGUUGCUGGCUCCGAGGAUCAGUACCUUGUGGAAGAGACUGCUUCUGUUGGGAAGGUUCAACAUAACAUUGACGAAAGUGUCAACUCCCAACGAGUUCAGACUCUCCUUUCUCUUCUUCCACCCAUCGGUUGACAGCUGAAAAAACAUGGUAUCUCUGAGUUUAUUUUCUGUUUCAAACUUUGCCUCAGCAUAUUUGGACUCAAGUCUUUUGCCGGAGAUGUAUGCUUUAUUCACAGACGGAAGACCGAGGUGGUGAAGGAAAGCUUUGAAUUUUGGGUGAUCAAGGCAGGAGAAAGAAACGGAUCCACAUGAAUCAUAGAACCAAUCUGCGAGCAGAUCAAAUGCUGUUUUUAUUUGAGCUUCAGUCAGAUGGGAUCCAGUUGGGCUUGGGAGCAUUGUCACGCUGGAGCAAGGUGGGGCGAUCAUGGCAAGUGGCGGAAGCAGGGCUGGCAAGGCGAAGUGGUUGUACUUUCUGAAUUUGGGCAUGGCACCAUUGGAGUUGGUAUCAGCGCUCCAGGCUCCAUUGUUGAAGUUGGGGCAGGUGCCGCGUUUGAGGUGCUCCGUAGCAGUUCUAGAAGGGUUGGAAGCAGAAAAUAAAGCGCUGCAAAGGCCACACCGGAGCUUGAUUGCUUUAGCUGUGCCUGUGUCUUGGUUUUGGAAGAGGAUGGGCUCAAGGUGGGACCAGUACCAAGCCCCUUUGCCUUUGAUAGCCCUCGUCCGAACUGUCACUAGCCCAUCAUACCUUUUCUGUAAAUUCUUCGAGAACAUUUCGUCUUCUUGAGCAUGGCAUGUCGCCGCCAUGUCGCCUGAUUCACUUUGUCUCCUCUUGCUGCUAAUUCUACUGCUUCUAGGGCUGAAACUCCAGUCAUUUAAUCA